CCAUUUUCAAUUGAAUCCAAUGUUCAGAGCCCUUAAACUCAAUUUCUCAGUUUCGUUCAACAAUGUAAGUCUCUCAAUUUCUGUCUCUUAAUUUGGAUUUUCAUGGCUUCUUACUCUCCCUUUGCUUCUCCGCUGCACACUGCAAUCCUGUCCCCAAAAACCAAACCCAGAAGGAACCCCAGAAACCCCCUAUCAAGCAACAGGUACCCUUCAAUUUCUUGUCAAAUUCAUAGCUCAAACUGCAGUGAAGAUAGUAAUGAUGAUAAAACCAGGAAAACCCAGUUCAAUUUUCUCAUAAUUCCCGUAAGUCUCACUGUAUUCUCCACUUCCCUACCACAAAAAUCCCUUGCAGCAGCUAAAGUAUCUGAUAGGAAAAGGGCCCAGAAGAAAACCCAAGAAGCAUUGACGCCGGAGCAGCUAAAAGCAUGGUCAAAGAAUCUUCCCAAUGUGUCAAACCGUAUUCCAUAUACUGAGAUAUUGGGUUUGAAGAAUGAGGGGAAGCUUAAACAUGUAAUUAAACCUUCUAAUGUAGGUUUGAGGAAGCUGGCAGAGCCAGUUUUGGUCGUUGUAGAGGAUUCUAGGGUGUUGAGGACUGUUUUGCCAUCCUUAGAGAGUGAUAGGAAGUUUUGGGAUUCAUGGGAUAAGUUAAAGAUAGAUUCUUUGUGUGUUAAUGCAUAUUCUCCCCCUGUUAAGAGGCCGGAGCUACCUGCCCCAUAUUUGGGGUUCUUGUGGAAAGUGCCUGCAUUUAUGUUGUCAUGGUUUGAACCCAAGAAAGAGUCAAAAAAGACCGGAGAAUUGAGGAGGGCAAGGAUGGAAUAUGAAAGGCUAAGGAAGGAGGAAUUGGAAAGAUCAAGGACGGAGAGGGAAAUGAUUGAGAAGACAAUAACAAUGCAGAAGAAACAGGAGGAGAGGAAAAGGAAGCGAGAGAUUAGGAAGAAGAAGUAUGAGGAAUCUCUGCGUGAAGGUAGGAGGAAUGAAAGUAUAGGAAUAGACUGGGGAAAGUUGGUGUAUGAUAAGAAUGUGACUCUUGUACUUGGAGUUGUGUUCUUUGUGAUAUUUUAUAACACAGUUGUGCUUAGCUAUAAGAAGCAGAAGAAGGAUUAUGAGGAUAGGUUAAAGAUUGCGCAGGCAGAGGCAGAAGAGAGAAAGAAGAUGAGGGAGUUGGAGAGGGAAAUGCAGGGGAUUGAGGGUGAGGAUGAGGGCGAUGAGACAGAGCAAGGUGGUGAACAGAAUCCUUAUAUGAAGAUGGCCAAGCAGUUCAUGAAGUCAGGGGCACGUGUUCGGAGGGUACAUAAUAAGAGAUUACCACAGUAUUUGGAGAGAGAUGUGGAUGUGAAGUUCACGGAUGUUGCAGGACUUGGUAAAAUACGGCUUGAACUGGAGGAGGUUGUGAAGUUUUUCACACAUGGGGAGAUGUACCGAAGGAGAGGAGUGAAAAUACCAGGUGGAAUACUUCUUUGUGGCCCACCUGGAGUGGGAAAAACUUUACUAGCAAAAGCUGUAGCUGGUGAGGCAGGAGUCAAUUUUUUCUCUAUUUCUGCCUCUCAAUUUGUGGAAAUAUAUGUUGGGGUUGGUGCAUCUCGUGUCCGAGCACUUUAUCAGGAAGCUAAGGAAAAUGCUCCAUCUGUUGUGUUUAUUGAUGAGCUGGAUGCUGUUGGUAGGAAGCGUGGUUUGAUUAAGGGUUCUGGUGGACAAGAACGUGAUGCUACUCUAAAUCAGCUUCUUGUAUGCCUAGAUGGGUUUGAAGGAAGAGGAAAUGUUAUCACUAUUGCUUCCACAAAUAGGCCAGACAUUCUUGAUCCUGCACUUGUGAGACCAGGACGGUUUGAUAGAAAAAUCUUUAUCCCUAAGCCUGGACUCAUUGGUCGUAUGGAAAUUCUACAGGUUCAUGCCCGUAAGAAGCCAAUGGCCGAGGAUGUGGAUUAUAUGGCUGUUUCUAGUGCAACAGAUGGAAUGGUUGGUGCAGAUCUGGCCAACAUAAUUGAGGUUUCUGCUAUCAAUAUGAUGCGUGAUGGAAGGACUGAGAUUACAACUGAUGAUUUACUCCAAGCUGCACAAAUGGAAGAAAGAGGAAUGCUAGAUAAAAAGGAAAGGAGCCCUGCAACAUGGAAACAAUUGGCUAUCAAUGAAGCAGCCAUGGCCGUUGUAGCUGUUAAUUUUCCUGAUCUAAAAAAUAUUGAAUUUGUCACGAUAGCCCCUAGAGCAGGUAGGGAAUUGGGUUAUGUUCGGAUGAAAAUGGAUCAUAUGAAAUUUAAGGGAGGAAUGUUAAGCCGGCAGUCUCUCCUUGAUCAUAUUACUGUUCAAUUAGCACCACGUGCAGCUGAUGAGCUCUGGUAUGGUGAGGAUAAGUUGAGUACAAUAUGGGCUGAAACAGCAGACAAUGCUAGGUCAGAAGCAAGGACAUUUGUUAUUGGUGGCCUGUCAGAAAAAUAUCAUGGAAUGUCUAAUUUUUGGAUCCCAGAUCGAAUUAAUGAAAUUGAUUCAGAGGCAUUGCGGAUUGUUAACUUGUGUUAUGAGCGUGCAAAAGAGAUUUUACAGCGGAAUCAAAAGCUCAUGGAUUCUGUAGUUGAUGAGCUUGUUCAUAAGAAGAGUUUGACUAAACAAGAAUUCUUCCGUCUUGUUAAGAUGCAUGGCUCACUAGAACCCAUGCCACCUAGCAUAAUCGACAGUAGGGUCGCCAAGCGUGCUCAGUUCCAAGAAUUGAUGUUGAACCAUGAGGCAACAACUUCAAUUAGCAAUACUUAAGCAAAGAGCCCAUGUGUAUGCCAAUCAGUCCUGUGAUCUACCUGAGCAAUGCGCAGGAAUCAAGAUGUGUCUGUCUAUUGUUUGCAGCAGCUAAAUUGGUUAGGAUGGUUACAUCUCGGCUGCUAGCUGACCUUAAGCUUUAAUUAUUUUAUGGUGCUGGAGCGUUCAAUGGUCUGUAAGCUUAUACAAUCACGCCAUGGGGAGCUAAGAAGCCAGGAUUAAAGGUGGAUUGUCAUGACAGAGCUUCAUUUAUCUUUAAUCUAUUAUCCAUUUAGAUUGUAUAACUUGGUUUCUUGAAGUAUAUGGAAUGAUGAUCUUCCCUUGAAUAGGAUCUUUAAGUUCUAAGAAAUCCAAUAGAAUGAUUAGAUUUAA